AUGUUGAAUUAUCUUAAUUUUUCACACGCAAGCUUUCAGGGUGAGAUUCCUAUAGAUAUUUCACAGCUUACAAAUUUGAUUACUCUUGAUAUCUCUGGACCUAAAGAUGCGAUAAAGAACCUGUUGACAAUGAACAACCAAAAUCUACAAAAGUUUGUCCAAAAUCUUACCAAGAUUAGGCAACUGUAUUUAGAAGGUAUAACUCUAACAUCUGAGGGACCUGAAUGGAGCAAUGCUUUGUUGCCGCUGUGUGAACUACAAGAGUUGAGCAUGUAUAACUGUGAUCUAGCAGGGCCACUAGAUUCUUCCCUAUCAAAACUAAAAAACCUAUCGGUCAUUAUUCUUGAUAGGAACAAUUUUUCUUCCCCCGUUCCAGAAACAUUUGCCAAUUUUCAAAACCUGACCACCCUUAGUCUUACAUCUUGUGGAUUAACAGGUACAUUUCCACAAAAGAUCUUUCAAAUUGAAAAACUCUCCGUUAUUGACUUAGCACACAACAACAAUCUCCAUGGUUCAUUUCCAGAAAUUCAGCUGAGUGGAUCUCUCCACACCUUAAGGGUAAGUUUCACAAACUUCUCUGGAGGAAUUCCACACAUCAUUGAACUAAGUUACUUGGAUUUGUCAUUUAACAGUUUCACAGGUCCGAUACCAUCAUUUAGUAUGGCCAAAAACCUUAACCACAUAGACCUUUCUUAUAAUAGUUUAAGUGGUGAGGUUUCAUCUUCUUUUCACGUUGAAGGACUUCUGAAUCUUGUUAACCUUGACUUGAGUUAUAAUUCUAUCAAUGGUAGCAUUUCAUCGGUCCUUUUUACACUCCCGUAUCUGAAAAGUAUCCGACUUUCAUUCAACCACUUCAGUAAACUUGAAGAAUUCACAAUCAUAUCUUCCUCUAUAUUAGAAUCCCUUGAAUUAAGAAGCAAUGAUCAAUCAGGGCCUUUUCCAAAAUCUAUAUUGCAGCUUGGUUCACUUUAUCGCCUUGAUCUUUCGUCUAACAAGUUCACUGGAUCCGUCCAAUUAGAUGAACUUUUUGGCCUUACAAGUUUAAGUGAACUCCAUCUUUCAUACAACAACUUAUCAAUCAGUUGGAAUGCUUCAAAUUAUGAUUUACUUUCUAUUCCCAACAUUAAUGUUUUAGGUUUGGCAUCCUGCAACUUUAAAACAUUUCCUAAUUUCUUGAUUAACCAAUCCGGAUUGGGCUCUCUAGACCUUUCAGAUAACCAGAUUCAUGGAAUAGUACCAAACUGGAUUUGGAAACUACCAUAUCUUGAUAAGCUAAAUAUUUCUCACAAUUUUCUUACUAACUUUCAAAGACCAAUGACGAAUCAUAUUCCCAACCUUAUACUUCUUGACCUUCAUAACAACCAGCUGCAAGGACCAAUACCCAUGUUUCAUCAAUCUGUUAUUUAUUUGGAUUACUCAACAAACAAUUUUUCUAGUAUUCCACAAGAUAUUGGACUUGUUGUUCCGAAGUCUCUUUCCCACUGCUCAUCAUUAAAGGUGUUAGACAUUGGAUCAACCCAAAUUCUUUGUGGCUUUCCAUGUUUUUUAAAAUACAUACCAACUCUUAGUGUAUUGGUUUUACGGAACAACAAGUUUCAUGGAACCAUAGAAUGUUCACAUUCACAAGCAGAUAAGCAUUGGAAAAUGAUUCAGAUUGUGGACAUUUCUUGCAACAAUUUCAAUGGUAAGUUACAAGAAAAAUACUUCGCAACUUGGGAUAGAAUGAUGCAAGAUGAAGUUGAUGUUAUACCAGACUUCAUCCACACGCGAAACAAAGACUGCUCAUACUAUCAGGAUAGUGUGACAGUUUCUAUUAAAGGUCAGCAAAUGAAGUUUGUUAAAAUUCUAGCAAUCUUCACAGCCAUUGAUUUCUCAUCCAAUCAUUUUGAAGGACCAAUACCACAGGUUCUGAUGGAAUUCAAAGCAAUCCAUGUUCUCAACUUUUCGAACAAUGGUAUCUCCGGUGAAAUCCCAUCAACUAUUGGGAACCUGAAACAGUUAGAGUCAUUAGACCUCUCAAAUAACUCCUUGGUUGGUGUAAUACCUGUGCAACUUGCAAGCUUAUCAUUCCUUUCUUAUUUGAACCUUUCCUUCAAUCAUUUGGUUGGAAAGAUCCCUACAGGUACUCAACUUCAGUCAUUUCAAGCGUCUUCAUUUGAAGGAAACAAGGGGCUAUAUGGACCUCUACUGCCUGAAAAACUAAAUGGUAACAGGCAGGAUGAGCUGCCCCUACAGCCAGCUUGUGAAAGGUUAGCUUGUUCAAUUGACUGGAAUUUUUUAAGUGUGGAGUUGGGAUUUGUUUUUGGGCUUGGAAUCAUCAUCUGUCCCCUCUUGUUUUGGAAGAAAUGGAGAGUAAGCUAUUGGAAACUCGCAGACAAAAUUCUCUGUCGGAUCUUCCAAAGGAUGUAUUUUGAAUAUGCAACUGAUAGAUGA